AUGGCCGACGGAGCGCUCAAGCUUGUUUCCGUUUGGCGUAUUCCAACAAGCAAGCACAGAGAGACAUUGCCUACGCUCGCUAGUUACCCUAGAGUUCAAUCUCUCUCACUUGCGGGAUGCAUGAACGAGCAGGUAUGGUUUUUCGUCUCUCCAAUGUCGUGGUUGCGUAUGCAGGAGGAUCAUGGUCCCGGUAUACUCUGCACGACUGAUAAAGCCGAGACACAAGUUGCGCGGUCAAGUCCAGCACAUACACAGAACUUGCCACUCGUCCGCUUCUAUACCGGCGCUAUGGCGAACGUGCAACCUUAUAAGACUGGCAAUCUGGUACUGUGCACGCCCUGUCCCUCCCUACACGCUACCUUCCUAAGACUACCCCGAUACAUAGCGAUGUCAGGAAACCGCAGACGUAGCAGAUCCAAAAGAUCGCGCUCAGGGUCAAGUUCCAAGAGCAGUGCAGUGAAUGCUGAAGAACCGGUGUCCCCGUCGACGGUUCGAUCAGGUCCAAGCAAGGAGAUGAGCGAACCUUCACCUUUGGAAGAGAUCCAAGUAGUGGAUCGCUAUGAACAGCCUGCUCAAGAGGUCAAGACAGCGCAGACGCAGCGAGAAUCUCGCAGGGCGACGACGCAGCGUCGGUCUACGUGGUCAGCACACGAACACGGUGUCGCUGCGAAGGGAUCAAAUAACGACAACGAUGGCGAAGAAGGCAAGAGAGAUGAAGCGGAGAGCGAGGGCGAUGUCCCGGUAGAUGGCAGAUCGCGCAACACUGGUCCAUUUCCUAAUACCGAUAGCUCGCAAAAGGUUGGCGAUGGUCACAAACUCGACGGGGAGCCAAUGAUGAAGGUGUUACUGGAUGCGCUUGAGGCAAAACACAAACCAGAGGACCCAUGGGCAAAGUGCGCAAAGGAGGUGUGGGAGUUCGAGGAGUCGCUGGUGGAUAAGUGGAAAGGAGACAUCAAUAACUUGCUGCUGUUUUCAGGUCUAUUCUCCACCGUCCUCACCGGGUUCACAGUUCCUUUCUAUGUCACCAUCGCCGCCUCAGAGGCAUUCAUCUUUAUGUCUGGCAAUCUCAGCGUCGCCGCGGCUGAUGUGGGACGCACCCCCAUUGCCAACUGGUUAAUCAAGCUCUCCGACGAAGUUUAUUCCUCUCCUUUACAAUCACCCAUGAUCGUUGUUGUGGCCGUAUUGUGGUUCGCCGCGCUGAUUCUCAGUCUUGGUGCAGCGUCGGUAGCAAUCUCCAUCAGUCAAUGGUUGCACCAAUACGUCAAUAGUGCUUCCAAGACAUCGCAGCGAAGUGUCCAGGUAUGGUUCUUCCGCCGUCGAGGAUUGACGCGCUGGGGUGUCGAGCAAGCUGUAGCUAUGCUGCCGCUUUUGCUGCAAUUUUCCCUUGUCCUCUUCCUCCUCGGCCUCGAUAUCCUUCUCUGGACGCUGAAUACCACGGUGGCAGUUGUCGCAACAGCCCUCAUUAUUCUCCUCCUUGUGCCGACCACGGUGACAUCUGUCAUCCCAUCCUUUUCACCGGACUGCCCUUUCAAAUCUUCGCAGGCAUGGUGGUUCUUCCGUUUUUGGAGAUGGGCCAUGCGAAAGCUGGAAAAUUCGCGGUUCAGUCUUUUCCGGGGGGCAGCUGGGAAUGAAUAUGUCAUACGCAGUAUAUGCAACCGCUGCUGUCAGGUAGAGAAAUGGCGAGUCUCGCGGACUCUGCCCGCUUUGGGUGACUGGCGAGAGCUAGAUAACUUCUGUAUGCAGACCCUGGAGGAUGACAGCGAAACCAAGCUGCAAAUGCUCGUCGAGGCCGACUUGCGUGCCAUGGACGAAACAUUCCUCGGCACCGUCGUCCGACCUUGUCUGCAGCAAGCCGCUGUCAGCGAAGCGCUUCCUGCAUUCUACAAGAUCGUGGAUCACCGAGCGCACGAUCAUGCACAAGACGAAGAGCAUACACCAAUAUGGUGGGCUUCGGAACAGGAUCAUCAAGCCAUUAGCAUGUUAGGGCACAUGUCCUUGGACAUGCUCGACAAGGUCGCAUCCAACCAUAUGGACAGCGGAGAUCGCGAGGAGGAGACAACGCACAUAUUGAAGCUCGUUAAUAGUCUUCUGGGUGCGAUGCCGAACAGGAUUCUGACAGUCUACAGCAGGCUCUUGGACGUGUGGGUGGCGCUGAAUCUCUCUGAUGAACAACGCGAAUCUAUUGCCUUGCUGGUCAAAAAGCAUAAAUUCGACACAAAUACUUUCCAGAAGAUGCUCACACUCCUUCCAAUCGCUAGAAGAGAGCUCAGUACCAGACAGUUCUUGCGAUACUCAACAGUCGCAUUCAAUCGUGCUGCGGACCACCCUCCAUCUGACUUUGCUCAAGUCCGCGAGGACAUCCAAGGCGCGUUGGCCGCUGUGGCAGAAUACUUCAGCCCGUCCGACAUGGAGUCGGUGGCCCAGGAGAUUGGUCAAGCCAGGGCAUGCUUAGAUGUAUAUGAGGUCUUCGAAGCAUGUGUGCGCCUUGCCGAGCAUGACGCCAGCCUCUUCACGAAAGAUGUCGUCGACGCAUUGGCCGGAUGCGCCGCACGGUGUCCUCCGGGUGAAGUCUAUAACGUCUUUAUGCGCAGAUCAAUGGAGCGGAUACAGGAUUCCUUUGACGCAUCGCAUAAGAGCCGGUGA